UAUUAAUUGGUACAGUUAUCAGUUGACACUAUAAGCAGUAUCAAACCUUUAAAAUGUUUUUAAGAUAUUAGAAGCUCUACACAACAGUUGUGUUUUUCUGACAAUUAAGAUGGAGUUCUUACAAUGAAUAAUAGCUUGCAUUGUUAAAUAAAUGUAGAUUUAUUUCAUAAUACAGUUGUUUUAAUAGCAUGGAUUAAGUUUUAUCAUUUUUUUAUUGACUAAAUUGCAUUUAAAAAAUAACCUAUUUAAGUGUAUUAUAUAGUUACUAUUAUUUUGAAUUAAAAAAAAAUUAAUAAUAUUAAUAAAAUUUAUCAGUAAUACAAAUGAAUAACCUUAAGUAUGGAACUAAAUCAAAAUAUAAAAUUUGAUACUGAGCCAUUGGAAAAUAAACAAAUAGCUAACAAUCAAAAAGAAUCAUUUAAUUGGGCUGAGUUACUUGCUUGUAUCUCUGUAUCAACUACCAAUUUACACACAGGAUUUACUGUUGGGUUCUCUGCUAUUAUAACAUCACAACUUGAAAAUUCUAUUGAAUUGGACAACCUUAAUAAAUCAGAUAUAACAUGGAUUGCUAGUAGUGCUUCAAUAGCAACUUCUAUUGGAUGUUUAUUUAUUGCAUAUUCACUAGAUAAAAUUGGUAGAAUACGUACAUUCAAGUUGUCAUUAUGGCCUUGUUUUAUUGGUUGGUUAUUAAUAGCCAUUGCUCAAAAUAGUUUCACGGUUAUAAUUGGUAGAAUACUAACUGGAUUUUCUAUGUCUGUUGGUACUAAUUCAGCAAAUGUUUAUAUGGCAGAAAUUACAAAUCCUAAGCUUAGAGGUUCCAUGAUGUCUAUUGGGUCAGUAAUGUCGUCAUUCGGAAUAGUCUUUAUGUAUACUGUUGGCAUGUUUUUUCAUUGGAGAGUUCUUGCUUGGAUGGCUUUCUUUAGCGCAAUUGUGCCUGUUUUCAUGACAACUUUAUGGACACCCGAAAGUCCGAUGUGGCUAGUUUGUAAUGGUAAAAACAAUAAAGCAUUGAAAUCUUUGCAAUAUUUUUCUUCAAAUUCUAAGAACGUCAAUGCUGGUAAAGACAAAUUAGAAGAAUUAAUACAAAUAAAACAAAAAAAGGAUUUAAUGCUUUGUCGUAAUGUUGAAGAAAGUAGUGGAAUCAGAAGAAUAUUGUGGCAUAUGUCUCAGCCCAUUUGUUAUAAGCCAAUUAUAAUUAUGGCUUUGUUUUUUUUAUUACAACAAUAUACUGGAAUUUACACUAUUCAAUUUUAUAUUGUUGACAUUUUUAAAGAUAUAGCCAAAGGAAUAGAUAAAAAAAUAGCAACAAUACUAUUUGGAGUAGCAAGACUGAUUUUGAGCAUAAUUGCAACGGGCAUUCUACACAAUUAUGGUCGUCGUCCUUUGUGUAUCAGUACUGGAAUAACUAUGGGAUAUUCUUUAUUAGUUGCAGGAAUUUGUGUUAAACUUAGGGCUAAUGGUAUUGCCAAUGUUGCAAUUAUUUGGACACCUUUAUUAUGUAUGAUAUUGUAUAUUUCAGCUGGUUCAGUAGGAUUAAUGCUAAUUCCAUGGAUGAUGCCUAGUGAAAUGCUACCAACUGAAGUUAAAGGCUUGUUUUUGGGUCCUUUAAUGGGGUGGUGCAACUUUGUUAUGUUUAGUUCUGUACAUUCUUAUAGCUAUCUCCUAAGUAAUUUAGGCAUGUUUGGUACAUUAUGGUGUUACAGUGGUAUAUCUUUUUUGACAGUUUUAUUUAUUUGGAUAUUUGUACCUGAAACUCAUAACACAAAACUCUGCCAAAUAGAAGAAUAUUUUAAAGACCAUACAAUAUAUUUGUUGAAAAACAAACCCAUAGUUUCAAAUCGGUUACAUGUGUGAUAUAUUUUAUUGAUAUUAUUCCUUAUAAUUUAAAUUCAUUUACUGAUUAUUAUAACUGCUAAUUUAUUUAGUUUUCAACUUUUUUAAUUAAUUAUUACAAUAUAUAUAUAUGCCAAAAUAGACAAUUUAAUAAUAUCAAUAUUUUUAAUUUUUAAAUUAUAACUGAAUGAAUAAUUGUUUUCAAUAUGUCAUUGACAAUGUGUUUUAAUUUUAUAUUAAAAAAGAAAACUAUAAAUAAAAUAGUUUUUUUAUUGACUAUUUUGCUAAUUUAUGGUUUCCUAAUAUUUGUUAAGUAUUUGUUCAUAUAUUUUUCUUGCUGAAAAAAGAGUAAAAAUAUUGUAUACUAUAGUUCUACCUAGAGGUACAUAUUUGUACCCUCCUACAAUGUAUUUUAUAAAUUACAAAAUAUAUUAAUUUUUAUAUAUCUA